AUGGCUUCCAGAUCAGAGGAGGAUCUCUGCUGUCCGGUCUGUCAUGAAGUCUUUAGAGAUCCUGUUGUUCUGUCAUGUAGCCACAGCUUCUGUAAAGACUGUCUGCAGAACUGGUGGAGACAGAAACAAGCACGUGAGUGUCCAGUUUGUAAGACAGUCUCUUCAACUGCAAAACCACCAUGUAACCUGGUGUUAAAGAACCUGUGUGAGGCCUUCUUAUUGGAGAGAGAUCAGAGAGCUUCAGAGGCUCUCUGCAGUCUGCACUCUGAGAAACUCAAACUCUUCUGUCUGGACCAUCAGCAGCCAGUGUGUGUCGUUUGCAGAGAUUCAGAAAAACACACCAAGCACAGAUUCAGACCCGUCGAUGAAGCUGCACGACAACACAAGAAGGAACUUGAGGAAACUCUGGAGCCCUUAAAGGAGAAAAGAGGAAGAGGAGGCCAGGAUGGCUGCACUGAGGAGGAAGAGGAGCAGAAGAGUCAGAUGAUGAAGGAGAAGAUGGAGGCUCUGAGCAGAGAGAUAGCAGCUCUUUCAGACACAGUCAGAGCCACAGAGGACGAGCUGAGAGCUGAAGACGUCUCAUUCCUGCUCAACUACAAGGCUGCAGUGGACAGAGUCCAGCAGCGCCCCCUGCUGGAUGAUCCACAGCUGCUCUCAGGAGCUCUGAUAGACGAGGCCAAACACCUGGGCAACCUGACCUUCAACAUCUGGAACAAGAUGAAGGACAUGGUCUCCUACACUCCUCUGAUUCUGGACCCAAACACUGCUCGUCCAGACCUCAUCCUGUCUGAAGAUCUGACCAGUGUGAGACGAGGACAGAGACAGCAGCUUCCUGAUAAUCCAGAGAGGUUUGAUAAUUACUGCUGUGUCCUGGGCUCUGAGUGCUUUAACUCAGGGACUCACAGCUGGGAUGUCGAGGUUGGAGACAGUACAGGCUGGUUUCUCGGUGUGUUAACAGAGUCUGUCCAGAGGAAGGGAGACAUUAAGUCUGGAUUAUGGGUAAUAGGGUUCCAUGAAGGGUAG